UAGGUCUCGGGACUGACUCCGCUGGAGCUGGCGGGCGGUGGGCUGAGGUGGGCUCCGCGGGCGUCCCCGCACCCCUGAGGAGGCCGGUCCGUGAGGAGGAGCGGGGCUGUUGGCCGCCGGCCUGUGCACGCUCAGAGCUCUCCUGGGGGGGUACCUCAGAGUCCCCCCGGGGUCGGGAGCCGGACGGGUGCGCUCGGCCCUCCGCCUCCCGCUCCUCUUCCGAGCGCGGCACGAGCGGCCUUGGGGACCCGCCGGGCGCGGCGGGCUGGGCCGACACCCCGGCUGCACCUCUCAGCUCCCAUGCCUCCGCGGGCCGAGUUGGGCGGGUGCCGGUGGCUGGCGCGGUGGCGGUGUGGCCCCGUGGUGAGCGCGCCCAAGACGCCGGUCGCCGUUAAGUUUUGUGGCACGUCGCAAGGACCGGGUGUGAUUCUGGUCUAAUUUGGCCUCUGGAGAUUCUGCCUCAGCAAGAAAUGCAAAAUAACUCUUGAAAAGAAAACGAAAAGAAAAAGAAAACCAGACUUGCUUUUACAUGAUUAUCAGAUUACCUACCAAGAUGGACACUUUUCCCAACAUUUUUCCUCCUGGUGGGGACAGUGGACUGACAAGUUCUCAAUCUGAGUUCCAGAAAGUAUUAAUUGAUGAGCGGUUACGAUGUGAACAUCAUAAAACUAACUAUCAGACUCUGAAAGCUGAACACACAAGGUUGCAGGAUGAGUACAUAAAGUCACAAAAUGAACUCAAGCGCCUGUUAAGUGAGAAGCAAACUAACCAGGAAAAAUUCCAGCUGCUGCUUGAAGAGCUAAGAGGGGAGUUGGUGCAGAAAACAAAAGACUUAGAAGAAAUGAAGCUUCAGGUAUUGACGCCUCAAAAAUUGGAAUCGUUAAGAGCUGAAAUACGACAAGAAUUAGAAACUCCAAUGAGAGAACGCUUUCGGAAUCUGGAUGAAGAAGUAGAAAAAUACAGAGCUGAAUAUAAUAAACUUCGCUAUGAACAUACAUUUCUGAAAUCAGAAUUUGAACACCAGAAAGAAGAGUUUGCACGUGUUUUAGAAGAAGAAAAAAUAAAACAUGAAUCAGAGAUUGCAAGGCUGGAGAAAGAUAAAGAAGAACUACAUAACCAGCUGCUUAGCGUUGAUCCUGCAAAAGAUAGCAAGCAAGUAGAACAACUUAUUGGAGAAAAAGUCCGGUUGUGUCAGAAGUUAAAAUGUUUGGAGACUGAAGUAGCAGAAUUAAGAGCUGAAAAAGAGAACUCUGGUGCUCAGGUAGAAAAUAUCCAAAGAAUACAGGUGCGGCAGUUGGCUGAGAUGCAGGCUACUGUCAGAUCCCUGGAGGCUGAAAAACAGUCAGCUAAGCUACAGGCUGAACACUUGGAAAAAGAGCUACAGUCAAACAGUGAACAAAAUACUCUUUUAAUCAGUAAACUGCAUAAAGCUGAAGGAGAAAUAACUACAUUGACGAGUAAAGUUAAAGAACUUAAACAUUCAAACAAACUAGAAAUAACAGACAUCAAACUGGAGGCAGCAAGAGCUAAGAGUGAGCUAGAAAGAGAAAGGAAUAAGAUUCAAAGUGAACUGGAUGGACUACAGUCAGACAAUGAAAUUCUCACAUCAGCUGUUGAACAUCACAAAAUGCUCUUAGUAGAAAAGGAUCGUGAAUUAAUACGUAAAGUACAAGCUGCCAAGGAAGAAGGUUAUCAAAAACUUGUGGCAUUACAAAAUGAAAAGCUAGAACUUGAGAACAAAUUAGCCGAUUUAGAGAAAAUGAAAGCGGAACAUGAUGUCUGGAGGCAAUCUGAAAAGGAUCAGUGUGAAGAGAAAUUGCGGGCUUCACAGAUGGCAGAAGAGUCGGCCAGAAGGGAACUUCAGAGUAUUAGGUUAAAACUUCAACAACAAAUUGUGGAUAUUGAAAAAGCAGAGAAAGAAAAAAGUGAAAAUUCUGAUUUGAAACAGCAAGUCAGUAGUUUGCAGAUUCGAGUAACCUCGCUGGCACAGUCAGAGAAUGAAUUGCUGAAUUCAAACCAAAUGCUGAAGGAAAUGGUGGAGAGAUUAAAACAAGAAUGCCAAAAUCUAAGAGGCCAAGCUGAAAAAGCACAACGGACAGUUGAAAAGACAAUGGAUGAGAAGAACACGGAGUGGCUGAAGGAAAAGAGUAAGCUUCAGGAACAUAUCGCAGAGAGAGAAAAGAAAUAUAAUCAAGCUAAAGAGAAACUGCAGAGAGCUGCAAUUGCCCAGAAAAAGAGAAAAUCUCUUCAUGAAAACAAAUUGAAGAGACUGCAGGACAAAGUAGAAGUUCUGGAGGCAAAGAAAGAAGAAUUGGAAACAGAAAACCAGGUAUUAAAAAGACAAAAUGUUCCAUUUGAAGAAUAUACAAGGCUUCAAAAAAGGCUAAAGGAUAUACAGAGAAGACAUAAUGAAUUUCGAAGUCUAAUCUUGGUUCCUAGCAUGCCUCCGACUGCACCCAUCAACCCUGUUAAUUUUCAGGCAUCAGCCAUGGUUCCUGCCAUGGAACUGUCCUUUCCUCCACAUAUGCAGGAGGAGCAGCAUCAACGGGAACUCUGUCUGCUUCGCAAAAGACUUGAAGAGCUAGAAACAACACAAAGAAAACAACUAGAAGAACUUGGAUCUCUUGGGGAAUGAUGUUCCUGGAGAAAAGGCAGGUCAAAAGGGAUAAAACCAGUGACUCAGUAAAGCCUGAAGUUUUCACAUACGUGGCAUUUAGAUAUGUUCUAUUUGCCAAAACACUUAAAUGCGCCUCAGGAAAAAGCUGCAUGCUGUUUAUGGCGUAUCAGGAUUUUAGGAUUGUGCUAAUGGCAACUGAAGCAUUAAAAGAAAGUAUCAGAUAUUUAGAAUAUUUGACAACACUUUGAGAUUUUAAGAAUAAAUAUAAAGAACUAACUACGGAAUCAAGUUUUGUUUUUGGCAUUUUGCCCCAAUCAUGCCCAGCUUGAAUUCCUUCUUGUUUGUAAGAUGCCUGGUAAUAACACGGUCAGUGAAUGUCUUCUGGUUUACUGUAGACAGGCGCUAUAAACCUCUAGGUUUUUGAAAAAAAAAUUUGAAAGUCAGCAUAAAAACAACUUUAUAUUCAUUAUAAAGGCUGCCUUUUCUAAAGGUUGUGUGGACAUAAUUUAUUA